AUGUCCGGUAGAAAUGAAGUUGAAUUCACCUUCAAAGUAAUGAUAAACAAACAAAAAACCAAAGUACUCUUCGCAGAAAUCGACAGCAGUUUCGCCGAUGUUUUACUUAGCUUUCUUACAUUGCCAUUGGGAACAAUUAUAAAAGUUCUGAAGAAGCACUACGGAGAUGGUCAAGAGACACGUGUCAAUAUCGGAAGCAUAACAACUUUGUACAACGGCUUAGCGAAUCUUGACAUUGAUCAUUUCGAAACCGAGGCAGCUAAGGAGAUGCUACUCGAUCCAGUCAGCGCAUUCGAUGCGGAACGUCGUAAACUGAAACUCGAUAUUAGUGACACAAACCCUACCAAGUACUAUCCUUGUCAAGACUGGUUUUGCAGGUUUUUUAGAUGGUCAAAUGUACGCAUGCACUCCGAUAAUACCGGUAGAUGCGGCCGCUGUGGGAAGACGAUGACGAAAGAAGUUCGUACUCGAGGAGAUGGUGACAGUGGAGUUUUUACGAUUAAUACGGUUUCUUUCUUAAUCUCCGAUGAUUUGGUGAUGGUGCCGAAUGUGGCAGUACCCACGGUGCGAAAUCUCCGGGAUCUUGGCAUUACGAAUAUUGAUCGUGGUGAGCUAAUGAAUGUGGCUUUUGGAUUCAAUGAGGUUAUGGAUUUGUUGAAGGGUUCGUUACUGUCGCGGACUCCACUAACCGACAUUAUACUCGAUAAAAGAGAAGGUAACUCAACCAAACCACACUUCGAAUCGGAAAUAUUAUUGAGUCAUGAGAAUGAGAAAGAGGCAAAUUUUAGCUCUAAGAAUUUGCUUCUGAAAUUGAUUGGUCAAAGAUCUACAAAUAAGUUGAUGUUUGCACAAGGAGAUGAGGCUUUUAUUGAUUUUCUUUUUCGUUUGCUGACAAUUCCUCUUGGAGGAGUCGAGCGUGUUUUGGGCGGUAACACUUGUCUGCGGAGUAUAGAUAAUUUGUAUAGGAGCGUAACUAAUCUGAUAGACGACAAGUAUCUAGCGACUCCCGAUAUUAAGACUGUGUGGUUGACCUAUUCCGAUUUUGGAAAUCAACCCGUUACAAUUUACGCGCAAGGGGAUCGAAAUUAUGUUAAUUUUGUUAAAGGACCAAAAAUGUGUAUGGUGAGCGAUGAUUUAACGGUGACCCCUUCGAGUAUGAGCUCAAGCCUUUCUGUUCUGAACGAGCUGAAUAUAAAUGUAUCUGAUGUCGAGAUGGUGGAGAUGCAAAUUGGAUUACAUGAGGGUUUGAGCAUAUUGAAGGCCUCUCUUACAUCGGCUUCUGCUCUAACUGAUGCCCUGAAAAUCAAUCACAUGAUAAAGAAACAACCUAAGCAAGAACGCUAA